GCGACGUCGAGAGCCAUCAUCAGACAACUACCCCCCGUCCGCCCUCCAUUCUUUCCAAACAAUCGCCCCCUGAGACGACAAUGGCUGCAAGAGUGCUGCUGCAACGGCGCGCCGUGGCCCCGUUGACGGCGACCCUGCUGGCAGGAGGCAUUGUGCUCUACCCAUCAGUAGCACACGCCGAGGCUCCAACAGACUAUCGGUCCAAGAAGCCCAUCUACGACUACGACGACCUCGACGCCGCCCCCGCCAAGUCCAACCCAUCAGCGCCACCAGCAUCACCCGAAGACGGGGUCCUCGCCCACGUCCUCCCCCCCCCCGCCCCAGCAGCGACAGCAGCAGCAGGCCCCGCCCCCUCCCACCGCCGCCCGACACCGACGGACCGCCUUGCGGCGCAGAUCCGCGUGGCCCGGCUCUUCCUACACGGGCAGGCCAGCCGGGCCGAGGACGCGGUCAACGCGGCCAUGGACCGGGCCUUUGACCUGGAGCGGUCGUUCACGGGCACUGUCGCGUCUCUGGCGCCGCCGCGCGAGUCGGGCGAGCGCCUUGUCCCAGGGCUCGUGUACGUGCUCGUCGCCGCCAUGGCCGGCACCGUGGUGUCGCGCCGCCGCGGGGUCGUCGUCCGCGCCGCCGCGCCCCUGGCCCUCGGCCUCGGCGCCGCGUGGGUCGUCCUGCCGGUCACCAUGGGCAAUGUGUCGGAGCUUGCGUGGCGGUACGAGCAGCGCUUCCCUGCCGUGGCGGACGCGCAUAAGCGGGCGCGGGAGGGCGUAGAGACGGGCGUGCGCUUUGUCAAGGUCCAUGCCGAUCUUGCCGUGCGGAAGGUGGACGAGACGGUCGUCGAUGCGAGGGAGACGGUGGAGGGGUGGGUUAGGAAGGGGAAAUAGAGUGGAAUUUCGGAUAGGGAAGAUGGGAAAGGAGUUGAAAAAAUAAAUGAGCCUCUCCAUCUUGCCCCUCCUGUUUGGCACGAGGGAGCGCAGUGUCAUGGCGAAGCAUGUAUCAUACUGGCGCCGACUAUAGAGGAAUUUUCUAUGUGGACAGCCAAUGCAACAACAGAUUUAAAUCCCAGCGAAGCCGGGGCUGCAUCACAGCUACUUUGACCUCGCAAAUAAAGUCGUAGAGGG